AUGGCGUCCAGGUGGGAUCGUGAUCGAUUCGCCUACGAGCGGGAUCGCUAUCCUGAUGACCGCCCACCUCGUUUCGACGACAGAGACGAUGACUACUAUUCCCGCCCCCCUCCCCCAGCUCCCCGGGCUCCCAGGGAACGAUCCGCCGAAAGCUACAGCCGAAGCUACCGGGGAAGCUUUGACGAUGAUUUUGUGCGCGACCGCCGUCACUACGAUCCUGAGCCCCGUUAUCCACCCAGACGUGAACCUGAGAGAGAAUUCGACCGCCGCGUCGUCUUUGAGAAGGAGCGCGAUGUAGAUCUUCGCAGCCCCUCACCUCCGCCGGCCCGUCGUCCCAACGUUUUGCUUCGACGUCAGUCCUCACUUGACACUUUCGACCGCCGACCGCCCCCUCUGCACUUCCUCGAGAAGGACCACGUCCGUGAGGAGUACGGCCCGCCUGCUCGACGAGAUGAUUUUCGCCACGAACGCGAAGAUUAUCGACGCGACCGAGAGGAAUUCCGAGCGCCGCCCUAUGUGCCAAUCCCGCUGCCGCGGAGUCGGACCCGAGAGCCCCCUCCGAAUCGCCGUCACUACGACGAGAUCCAGGUGGCCGACCCGGGCCAUUAUGGCGAUGAGGAGUUUCGCACCAUGCCCAUACCCAUGCCCAUGCCCAUGCCCGAGCGUCUGAAGGAACGCGAGGUCUACCGGGAUUCCCGUCGCAGGAGAGGUCGCGAUCGCAGCCGCGAGUCUCGCACAACCCGCGCCUAUUCGGCCAGUUCCCGCUCGUCCAGUACCUCGACCCGCUCGUCGAGUGCCAGUGGUGGCACCAUGAUUCGGAACGAGUAUCCGAAGAAGGGCAAGACACGCAUCCCUGCUCGUCUUGUUUCCAAGCGUGCCCUCAUCGAACUGGGCUAUCCUUAUACUGAAGAGGGGAACACGGUUAUUGUACUGAAGGCCUUGGGUCGAGAAAACAUUGACGAGUUGCUCAAGCUGAGCGAGGACUACAGAAAGACCGAACUGGAAUUGGCCGCGGCCCGCUCAGCGGCAGGUAACAUCAUGGAGGAACGCCGCGAAGAAAUCUUCACCGCCCCAGCUCCAGCACCCGCUCCUGUCGUCGUAGACGCCGCCCCUCCGGCAAACGUCGAAAUCGUCAACAAGACCGUCAUACGGGAACCUUCUCCUGCGCGCACCGUGACGUCCUACACCACCAGCGCCACGCCCACGACAUACUACGAACCCUCGGACGACGUCUCCGUCGCUCCCGUAGCCGUGGUGCGCCAUCGGUCGGCCUCACGCUCGCAGCGGGACAUUCGCCGCGAGAUCAAGGCGCUCGAGGAAGAGCUACGCGACACCAGGGUCGGCCGCCAUCACCACGACUACAAAAUUGGCAACCGGGACGCGGGUGCUCUCGUGAGGGCCGAGCGGCUGCCCGACGGCGCGCUCGUGCUCGAGCAGGAGAAGGUCGAAAAGGUCGAGGAAGGUUACCGUGGGACGCGGAUCGAGAGGGACAGGAAAGGUAGGAUGUCCAUCAGCGUGCCCAAGUACUACCGAUGA